CGCUGCUCGCUUCAGAGAUGAACGCGAUGGAAUGGGUGCAGAGUUUGGCUGAAUACUCGCUCGGGCGCAUGGUGGGUGCGCCCAGCCCGCUGCGCAAAACGAACAGCGGGCCGCAGCGGGCGACGGCUCUGGUGCUCCUGGCCAAGUACCCCGGCGCUGGCAAGAGCAAGACGCGGCUCGCGGCGCAGCUGCGGCCCUUUUGCGCCUCCGACGACGCCGUGCAGGCAAUUAUCGCCAACUUUGUGCGUGCGGCGACGCUCGACCUGCUCCAGCGCUUUGCGGCGGCGACGGCAUCGCAGGGCGGCGGCUUCGAGUGCUUCUUGACCUACGCGCCGCCCACCGAGGAGGCUCGGUCGUGGUUCGCGUCGCUGCUGCAGGAGGGGCGCGUGGAGGACCGUUGGAGGCUGCAGCCGGUCCUCUCCUCGUCCUCCGCCGCCAGCUCCAGCCUCGGAGACAUCCUGUGCGACGCGGGCCAGCGAGCUCGGGCGGCGCGCGGCUGCGCGCGGGUCUCGUUUCUCGGCGUCGACUGCCCGGACCUUCCCCUCGAGGCGCUGCUCGCCGCCGCGAGCGCCAGCUCCGCGCCGGGCGUCGCCGCCGUCUGCCCGGCGAGCGACGGCGGGUACACUCUGCUCGCGCUGCCCGAGGGCGCAGAUGAGCGGCUCUGCUUCUCCGACGUGCGCUGGUCGGCGGGCGACACCUGCCUCUCGCAGCUCCAGGCGCUGACCCGUGCCGGACUGACGAGCGCCGUCCUCGAGACGCACUCGGACGUCGACGAGCUGCCCGACUUGCGGGCGCUCUGGGCCCGGCUGGCCGGCGAACCGGACUCCACUAGCCAGUGCCCGCACACGAGAGCAAUGCUCGCCGCGCUCGCGACGUCCGCACCGGCGGUGUUAUGCGGGUGAGAUGUUCUGAAGAAAGUUGCAGCAGCC